AUGGCAUCAUCUAGCAACUUCUUAUUAGGAGCUAUUGAUCAAGGAACAUCAUCAACUCGAUUCAUCGUGUUUGAUCAAAACGGCAAGAAUGUAGCUCACCAUCAGACAGAGUUUCCACAGAUUUAUCCCAGAGCUGGAUGGGCAGAACAUGAUCCAUUGGUCAUUCUGGAGACCGUUACAAGAUGUAUUGAAAAGACAUUUACCAAACUGGAAGCUCAAGGAUAUCAUCGCUCUGAUGUAAAAGGAAUUGGAAUCACAAACCAACGCGAAACAACCGUUGUCUGGGACAAGAGAACUGGCAAACCAUUACAUAACGCCAUAGUUUGGUUGGACGCCAGAACAGCACCAACAGUAGAAGCUCUCGCUGAAGCAACACCAAACGGCAAAACGGACUACUGGCAGCCUAUAUGUGGACUACCGCUCUCUACCUACUUUUCAGGUGUCAAGCUACGGUGGUUGUUGGAUCAUGUACCUCUUGUCGAAUCUGCCAUGAAGAAUGAGACGCUCAUGUUUGGAACUGUUGAUUCGUGGCUUAUAUAUAAUCUGACAGGUGGUGUAAAUGGAGGAGUGCAUGUUACCGAUGUGACGAAUGCUAGCAGGACUAUGCUCAUGUCACUAAAGACUCUUGAUUGGGAUGAUAGUAUAUGCAGAUUCUUUGGAAUAUCGAAAUCCAUACUGCCAAAGAUCGUGUCAUCUGCUGAAGUAUACGGUGUCAUGGCAUCAGGUCCUUUGAAGGGUGUUCCGGUUGGUGGGUGCCUGGGUGAUCAGCAAGCAGCCCUAGUAGGCCAACGCUGCUUCGAAAUUGGACAGGUGAAAAAUACCUACGGAACAGGAUGUUUCAUGCUCUUCAACACAGGCUCAACACCCGUCAUAUCACGAAACGGACUCCUCACAACGGUUGGAUAUCAACUUGGGAAAGACUCUCCUGUAAUCUACGCGCUAGAAGGAUCGAUACAAAUUGCAGGAGCAGCCAUCAAAUGGUUGAGGGACAAUCUGGGCAUUAUCAAAGAGUCUGCUGAGAUUAAUGAGUUGGCUGGAGAGGUUGAAGAUACUGCUGGAGUGUAUUUCGUGCCUGCUUUUGGAGGGUUGUUUGCUCCUUAUUGGAGGGAUGAUGCUCGUGGAACCAUAGUAGGAUUGACGCAAUACUCGACCAAGCAACAUUUGGCUCGUGCUACGUUGGAAGCCAUGUGUUUUCAGUCUCGAGAGGUGAUUGAUGCAAUGAAUGAAGACUCAGGACAAGACCUGAAACUACUCAAAGUGGAUGGUGGUGCUUCGAAUUCGGACAUAUGUAUGCAGAUACAAGCUGAUCUGCUUGGAAUACCUGUUGAAAGGCCAAAAAUGAGGGAAUCCACAGCGCUGGGAGCUGCGAUCGCUGCUGGUUUGGCAGUCAAAUUGUGGAAGAGUAUAGAUGAUGUUGUCAUGAGUGAUGGAAGUGAUUUGUUUAUGCCAAAGAUCUCAUCUGAAGAACGAGAAACAAGAUUAGCAGAAUGGAAGAAGGCCGUCUCGAAGAGUCUUGGUUGGGCAACGAGAUAA